AUGUUUGGUUUAAUAAAGUUCUUACAAUUGAAAGACAAGAUCUCUGCGGAUGAUCGCAAAAAAUUUAAAGACAAAUGCAACGAAGUAAUCAGAUGGCUGGAUGGUAAUCAGGCUGAGAAGGACGAAUUCGAACAUCAACAAAAGGAGUUGGAGGCUCUUUGCAAUCUAAUCAUUAUUAGGAUGUAUCAGAGCGCCGAUGAUAUGCACGGCGCUGAUAAAAUCAUCAGUCGAUGGCAUUACGAAAAAGCCGAGUCGUUAAGUAAGAAUGUAUGCAGUACCUACUUAUAUCACAAGGGAAUGCCAAGAAGUGUACCAGGCGACGGCUCACAAGAAAGUGGCCCAACAAUCGAAGAAGUAGAAUGA